AUGGCAGCGGAAGCACAUAUGUACGAGAAGGAGAGCAGCGGCAUCGAAAUCUACCCUCCGUCGGAGGCCAAUGGCGACUUCUCCGACUAUACCCUCAAGGACGAGAACCAGCAUGAAGUCUUCAAGAAAGAAGAAGGCAAGGUGGAUUUCCGCACAACGGGAUGGUUGCGAGCUUCGGGUAUCAUGAUCAAAGUUCAAUUUGCUCUCGGUGUGCUCAACAUCCCGAGCAAUCUCUAUGUCCUGGGUGCAUUGCCUGGCUCUCUCGUGAUAGUUGGCUAUGCCUUUCUCAACACGUACAACGGGGUGCUCUUCGGUGACUUCAAACUCCGCCAUCCUGGCAUCUACGAUGUGAAGGACGUUGCCUACGUCGUUGGUGGGCCAGUCCUCCGAGAAAUUAUGGCCGCGCUGUACAUGAUCGGAUGUGCCUUCUGCGUGGCGUCUUCAUGCGUGGGAUUGUCAGUGGCCUUCAACUCGCUCAGUCAUCAUGCUGCCUGCAGUGUGUGGUGGAGUUUCAUGUCCAUGAUGGUUAUCGCUGUGGGCGCCAGUUUCCGGAAAUUCCACACCAUCGGCUGGCUCACGUGGGCUGGGUUUCUCUCCAUGUAUGUAUCGGUCUUCAUCGUGGUUGUCGCUGUCACCACACUCUCUCGUCCCGUGGCGGCUCCUCAGACAGGACCUUACGACCUGGGCUACCAUGUGAUUGGAAAUCCCACGUUUGAAACCGGCAUGACCGCCGUCACCGGUAUCUUCGUUUCCGGUGCAGGAGCCCCGAUGAACAUUCAGGUCAUCUCAGAGAUGAGGAAGCCGGCUGAUUACCGCAAGGCUCUUUAUCUCUGCAACGUGAUUGUAAACGCCUCCUACCUCACCUUCGGUUUGGUCAUCUACCGCUGGUGCGGGAAAUGGGUCGCCAGUCCCUCUCUAGGCUCAGCCGGCCAAACCAUCAAGAUGGUUUCAUACGGAAUUGCCCUGAUCGGACUCUUUGUCGGCGCCAUUGUCUACCUCCACCUGGCCGCGAAGAUGCUUUUCGUGCGCAUUCUGCGCGAUUCGAAACAUCUCCAGUCAAACUCAGUGAUCCACUGGACCGUGUGGCUAGCAAGCACAUUUGGCAUCUGCGCCAUCGGAUUCAUUCUGGGAGAAGCCAUCCCUAUCUUCAACUACCUCAUCGCUCUGACCGGUUCCAUCUGCUUUGCCCCUCUCAGUCUCUGCUUGCCUCCGGCCGCUUGGCUGUUGGACUACUGGGGCUAUUGGAAAGGUACCUUCUGGCAGAAGAUGUUCUGGGCCGCUCAGGUCAUCAGCUUCUUGUGUGGUUGCCUGGUCAUCGUUGGCGGCACCUAUGGUACCGUCAAGCAGAUCGUCCAAGCUUACGCAGACGGCACCAUCGGGAAGGCCUUUGACUGUGCUGACAACUCCAACUCAUCUUAG